AAGUGACGCAUUUUCCAUCACCGGUAUAAAUGCUCAGCCUCAUUCUCCAUCAGCAGCCGACACUCGCAGUUCCGUCCCUCGCUGCAGCUCCUCUCUGCACCAUGCGCCCCUCAGAGAGCCGCGGGGCCCCCGUGCGCGCCGGGCUGUCCAGCGACUAACCGGAGCUCCCCACACGCACCCGAGCUCAGCAGCGAUGGAGGCCGCGAACAACUCCACAGCCUGGACACAUCUGGAGAACUUCUCCAUCGGAACCCCCGAACCCGAGGAGGAGGAGGAGGAGGUGAAGCUGAGCUACCAGGUGCUCACAUCCUUCGUGCUGGCCGCGCUCAUCCUGUGCGCAAUCUUUGGGAACGCGUGCGUAGUCGCAGCCGUCGCCUUGGAGCGAUCCCUGCAGAAUGUGGCCAGCUACCUGAUCGGCUCCCUGGCCGUCACCGACCUGAUGGUGUCGGUGCUGGUGCUGCCCAUGGCGGCGCUGUACCAGGUGUUGAACCGCUGGACUCUCGGGCAGGUGCCGUGCGACAUCUUCAUCUCUCUGGACAUGUUGUGCUGCACCUCGUCCAUCCUGCACCUGUGCGCCAUCGCCCUGGACCGAUACUGGGCCAUCACGGAGCCCAUCGAGUACAUGAAGAAGAGGACGCCGAGGAGAGCCGCGGUCCUCAUCAGCGUCACCUGGAUCGUCGGCUUCUCCAUCUCUGUGCCACCGAUGCUGAUCAUGAGCUCCCAGCCCAACACCGCGCCGGGGCCGGACAGGGCGAGCACCAAGCACUGCGAGAUCCGGCAGGACCCCUGGUACACGAUAUACUCCACAUUCGGGGCUUUUUACAUCCCUCUGACCCUGAUGCUGGUUUUAUACGGGCGGAUAUUCAAAGCUGCCAGGUUCCGGAUCAGGAAGACGGUGCGUAAAACCGAGAAAAAGAAAGUGUCCGACUCCUGCCUGGCGCUGUCCCCGGCGCUCCUCCACAAGAAGACUCCGGGCGACGCGCAGAGCAAAAGCUGGAAGAGGAGCGUGGAGCCGCGGCCGCUGCCGAGCGUCAACGGAGCCGUGAAGCACGCAGAGGACGGGGAGUCCCUGGAGAUCAUCGAGGUGCACAGCAACUCCAAGAGCAACCUGCCGCUGCCGGACACCCCGAGCACCGCGCCGCUGUUCGAGAGCAGGCACGAGAAGGCCACCGAGGCCAAGCGCAAGAUCGCCAUGGCACGGGAGCGCAAGACGGUGAAGACCCUGGGCAUCAUCAUGGGCACCUUCAUCCUCUGCUGGCUGCCCUUCUUCAUCGUGGCCCUGGUCAAGCCCUUCUGCCCGGACUCGUGCUACAUGCCCCGCUGGCUGGAGGAUGUCAUCAACUGGCUGGGCUACUCCAACUCGCUGCUCAACCCCAUCAUUUACGCGUACUUCAACAAAGACUUCCAGAGCGCGUUCAAGAAAAUCAUCAAGUGUCAUUUCUGCAGACCGUGAUGUGGUCCAGCGGAUCACUGAGGUGAAAAGUCAUCUUCAGACUAUAAACUGUGAUUAUUGUGAACGAUGAAUCUGAGCAGAGCGGUUCAUAAAGAUUAUCCUGUGAUAGUCACCAUCCUUAAUAACUAGGACAUUCCUCCCAGAGGUGUGUGCAGCCUGCAGGUAGAGAUACAGCUGUGGUCGUCUGAUUGUAGCUCCAUGUUCUGUCAUGUUCAAUAAACACAUCAUUUUUUAAA